CUCCGGUGGAGACGCUCCGAUACACUCUGGAGCAACACCAUCAUCAUCAUCAUCGUCAUCAUCAUCAUCUGUACGGGAAAAUAUUUGAACGGAACUGAGAAAAAAUAUAUUUUGAUCUCACUUCGACUGACGUUACUUUUCGACCAGUGGCAGUGGAGGAGAAAAUACAGAUAUAUAUAUAUAUAUUUUUUCCAUUUAUGCGUAAAAGUGUUUUUUGGUUGAGUUAUUAAUUAACUGGAGAGGAAUAUCGGCUUCGUGCUGAUAUUCACUGGAUGGACUUUGCGCACUGGAUGGUUUUGCGCUCUUCUCUUCACGCACCAAAAAAACGGAUUUAGGAGUUAAUUAGGAGAUUUCAAAUCACAGUGCUGUGCUGCUGCAGGGGAACUUUGCUCUUUCCCCCCCGCACAUAAACAGUUGUUUACACAGCUGACAUCAUUUUCCAUCGGAUCCCAGUCAGAGACGCGUCUCGCGGCUCUGGCGGACACUUUGCUGUCUUCUCCAACUGAAACGGGUUUGAUGGAAACAUGACCAAAGCUGUUCUCUUACACAGACUCCCCUUCCACCUGCUCCCUCUGCUGCUGCUGCUUCAUGGCUCUCCGGUGUGUGCGUCCGCGCAGCCCGGGCACCCAGCGCGCUAUUUCGGACACAUAGCGGAGAACUCCCCGGCUGGGACGCGGGUGUCCGGGGUGCUGCUGCCGCUGCUGGGAGCCGCCGGCUGCCCCGGCGCGGACCUGAACGCCAGCCUGCUUGGGGAUUACGCGUCCGAUUUCCGUCUUAUUCACUACCACGGCCACCGGGACCACCGCCACCACCUGGGGCUGGUCUCCGCCAAAGCUCUGGACCGGGAGUUCAUAGCGAUGUACGAGCUGACGGUGCGGCUGCCGCCGCGCUGUCAGAGGAAAGCGGCCGCCGUGCAGGUGGAAGUGUCGGACAGGAACGACAACGUCCCCCGGUUCACCGGCGGGAACCAGACGGUGGAAGUGCACGAGCUGACGCCGCUCGGCACCGAGCUGGCUCGCUUCGGCGCGAAAGACGGCGACGCGGAGAGGAACGGCCGCGUCACGUUUUACGCGGCGCCGCAGUCUCCGCUGCUGCACGUAGUUCCACAGACGGGGCAGGUGAAGUUGGUCGGGUCGCUGCUGGGGGUCAGCCGGUUGACGCUGAGGCUGCACGUGAGUGACGGCGGGGAUGUGGCGCUGACGGGAGAGCCGGUGUUCCUGCGCGUCAACGUCCGCGGCUCUGGCGGAGCGAGAGCUCGGCGGAGGCUCCGCGCUCUCACCGAGGAGCUGAGCUACACCGUUACCGUCCCGGAUAACAGCAGAGUCGGGGAUCUGGUGUUCACGGUGCCGGACCAGAGGUUCGAGCAGCGGCGGUUCGAGGUGAUUUCCGAACCCGACUCUCCGGUCCAGAUCGAGCGGGACUCGGGGCGUCUGUACCUGGCGCGCAGCCUGCGCGAGCCCGCAGAGGUGGCGGUGAAGAUCCAAAACCUCCGAGGUGACGAGUGGUACCUGUGCAGGUUAACUCUGAGCAUGCCCAGCCAGGCCGACCUGCAGUGGGCCAUGUUUCCCUCGCCGUACCUCGGUGCUGUGGGUCCUGAUUCCUCGCCUGGCUCUGUAGUGUACCGACUGUCAGCGCGGCAACGAGACGGGAUUCUCGGACAAGCCCAGUUCCUCCUACUAGACAGUGGGGAGGAGUGCUUCGAGGUGGACCGUCGCUCCGGUGAGAUUAGGACCACGGGACGACCUCUGACCCCCAGUAAGGAGUACCUGCUGCGGGUGCAGGCGAUGGACGGGAGUGGUCGUAAAGGCACGCCGGCCACAGUGGCCAUCCUGGCCGGCUACCGGCCGCCGCAGUUCACCAACGCCACCUACAGCCUGAACGUACCGGAGAACACGCCUGUCGGACAACCUGUCUCGGUGGUUCAGGCCGUCUCCUUCCAGAAGAAGACUCUGUCCUACAUGCUGCUGGUGAAUCCUGGGAAUCUGUUCAGCAUCAACCAGGAGAGCGGCGCGCUCAGCCUCACCAGGACGGUGGACUACGAGAGCGGACACAACCUCCACACCCUGCAGGUCCGCGCCUCCGAACCCGACACUGGCCUCAGCGGCGUGGCAGAGGUUGUCGUCCACGUAACGGAUGAAAACGACUGCACGCCGGAGUUCCUCCACUCCAUCUACACCAGAGACAACAUACCUGAGAGCAUCGCACCGGGAAGCUCCCUGCUGCAAGUCCGGCCCGGGCCGAGGGCCUUUCGGAAGCGCGUGAACGCGGAGCUCUCGUACUUCGUCCACGGCGGCGACUUUGACAUCACGUCGGGGGGCGUGGUCAGCCCCGCCCGUCGCCUGGACUACGAGCGACCCAAUCACGUCUACGAGUUUGUGGUGGUCGCCGUGGACGCGGGGACGCCCCCCCGCACGGGCACCGCCUCCGUCCGCAUCCGGGUCGCCAACAGCAACGACGAGGCGCCCGUCUUCUCCCAGAGCGCUUAUAAGACGUUCCUCAGUGAGGAUGCCGGUCCAGACACGCUGGUCGCCAUCGUUCACGCCAACGACCCGGACGGAGACGCCGUCUCUUACGCCAUCACCGGCGGCAACGAGGACAGCAACUUCCUGCUGGACAACCAGAAGGGCAUCAUCAAGCUGCGGAGGAGCCCCCCUCCGAGGCUCCGGGGACCGCAGUACGUUCUCAACAUCACCGCCACCGACGACAACGCGUCCGGUGGGCCGUACCCGCUCAGCAGCUCUGCCCAGGUCAUCGUAGGGAUCAACGACGUCAACAACAACAAGCCGCUCUUCCAGGAGUGUCACAACUACAGUCUGAACGCGGUGGUCCUGGAGAACCAGCCGCCGGGGACGUUUGUCCUGCGCGUCCAGGCCCACGACGCCGACAUGGGCGUCAACGGAGAGGUCAAAUACGGCAUCAUGCACCGAGACGGAGUUUCGUCCGGGUUCGACAUCGAUCCUGACACCGGUGUGAUUGCCUCGACGGUGAGUUUCGACCGGGAGCGUCAGAGGGAGUACACGCUGUCGGUGACGGCCACGGAUCAGGCCGAGGAGCCGCUCAUCGGGAUCUGUCAGAUCACCGUCCUCAUUGCCGACCAGAACGACAACGACCCCAAGUUUGAAAACAGCCGCUACCAGUACUUCCUGCGGGAGGACACUCCCGUGGGAACUAGUUUCCUGCGAGCGGCGGCGCACGACGACGACCAGGGGAGCAACGCGGCCAUCACCUACUCGCUGUCCAGUCAGAAGCCAGCUUACCUGCACGUCAACCCCAGCACGGGCUGGAUUUACGUCAACCACCCCAUCUCACAGACGUCCAGGAUCAACCAGCAGAUCGUGGCGUCGGACGGCGGGAACCGCAGCAGCUCCGUGGAGCUGAGCGUCAUCAUCACAAACGUCCACAACCAGCCGCCGCACUGGGAGCAGCCCGAGUACUGGGUCACCGUGCCGGAGAACACCGCGCGAGACGCCAAGAUAGUGACCAUCAAGGCGACGUCACCUCUCGGGGACCCGCGGGUGACCUACAACCUGGAGGAGGGCCAGGUGCCAGAGACCAACAUGCCGGUGCGCUUCUACGUCAAGCCCAACCGGGCGGACAGCUCGGCAUCCAUCCUGGUGGCCGAGAACCUGGACUACGAGAGCACGCGCUUCUUCGCGCUGCGAGUGCGAGUCCAGAACGUCGCCGCCGUGCCGCUGGCGUCCUUCACCACCGUCUACGUCAACGUGACGGACGUGAACGACAACGUCCCUUUCUUCCUGUCGUCCACCUACGAGGCCACGGUCCCCGAGGGCGCCGAGGUCGGCACGUCGGUGGCUCAGGUGUCGGCCACGGACCUGGACUCCGGUCUGCACGGGAUGGUCCACUAUGUGAUCCUGAAGGACGAGAGUGGGGACUCUCAGUUCUUCAGCAUCGACUCGCGCAGCGGCGCCAUCGCCACCCGAGCGUCCUUCGACCGUGAGCAGAAAGCCUCCUACCUGAUCGAGGUCCAGUCCCAGGACGGCUCCGAGUCGGACAGACCAGGACAGCAGGGACAACCCAACACUGACACGGCGUACGUCAGGGUCUUCGUCGCCGACGUCAACGACAACGCCCCGGCGUUCGCCCGGCCGGUGUACGAGGUGAGCGUGGAGGAAGACAAGGAGGUCGGCUUCGUCCUCAUCACCGUCACCGCCAACGACGAGGACGAAGGCGCCAACGCCAAGCUGCGCUACCAGAUCACGUCCGGAAACGCCAUGGGCACCUUCGACGUGGAGCCCGAGGUGGGCACCAUCUUCGUGGCCCAGCCGCUGGACUACGAGAUGGAGCAGCGCUACGAGCUGCGGCUGGUCGCCUCCGACGGAAAGUGGGAGAACGAGACGCUGGUGGUGGUUCAGGUGGUCAAUCGCAACGACGAGGCGCCCGUCUUCAGCCAGACGGAGUACCACGCCGCCGUGACGGAGGAGCUCACCCAGCUGCCCGUGUUCAUGCUUGAGGUGUCGGCCACCGAUCCGGACCAAGAGGCUGACCAGACGGCCCUGCGCUACUCCCUCCACGGCCAGGGCGCCGGCGGAGAGUUCACCAUUGACGAACACACUGGAAAAAUCCACGCCCAACGGCGCCUGGACCGCGAGGAGCGCCCGGCCUGGAGAUUCCUUGUCCUCGCCACGGACGAGGGAGGAGCGGGACUCACGGGAUUUGCCGACGUGCUGUUGGAGGUCCGAGACGUCAACGACAACGCACCCUUCUUCCCGUGCCCAGCUAUGGAGGUAGACGGAUGUUUUGUCGGCCAAGUGCCUGAAAAUUCGCCCGCCGACACCUCCGUCAUGGAGAUGCGCGCCAUGGACCUGGACGACCCCAACGAGGGCAAGAACGCCAUGUUGACCUACAGCAUCAUCAAGAACGUACGCAACGAGAUUAACCUCAACCUGUUCUCCAUCAACGCCAGCACAGGGACCAUCUACACGGUUCUACGUUCGCUGGACCGGGAGGCCGAGGAACGGUAUCUGGUGGUGGUUGAGGCCAGGGACGGAGGGGGUUUGGCGGGAACAGGGACAGCCACCAUCAUGGUUUCAGACGUCAACGAUCACCCGCCCGUCUUUACUCAGAAGAUCUACACCGCUCAGAUAACCGAGGACCUUGAGGUGAACAGCGAGGUUCUCGUAGUUUCUGCCACGGACGGCGACGAGGGUGAGAACGCCGUGGUAACAUUCAGCAUCGUCGGGGGCGACGAGGACAGGAAGUUCUUCGUGGAGACUGACAAAGUGAACCGUCGCGGCGUGAUAAAACUCAAGAAGAAGGUUGACUUCGAGAAGCCCCGCGAGAGGACUUUCAAUCUGACCCUGAAGGCCGAAGACGCUGAUUUCUCCGGCCUGUCGUACUGCCUCGUUCAGGUGGAAGACGCCAAUGACCACGCCCCCGUAUUUUUCCCGCAAUUCUACGAGUCGCCGGCCAUGUCCGAAGACAUUCCUGUGGGGACAAUCGUUGCUCAGGUUACAGCUUCGGAUCUCGACUCGGGCCAAAACGGACGCUUUUCUUACAGUAUUUCCAAAGAGUCGGACCCUCAUGCUCAGUUUCUGGUGGACCAGUCCGGUUGGGUGGUCGUGGCCGAUUCUCUCGACAGGGAGAAAAUCUCGCAGCACAGGAUCAUGGUCCUCGCCACAGACGCCGGGAGUCCUCCGAUGACUGGCACCGCCAUCGUCGUCGUAACCGUGCUUGACGUCAACGACAACGGGCCUGAAUUCGAGGUCUCCUACGAGCCUGUCGUUUGGGAGAACGCGCCGGCUCCGCAGGCGGUUCGGAUGAACGAAACCUCCCUCCUCCUCCACGCCACCGACCGCGACACGUCCACCAACGGAGGACCGUUCUCCAUACGGCUUCUCAUGCUCACCUCGGACGCCACCAACUUCAAUUUGACGGACUUUCGAAACGGCAGUGCGUCCAUCACCGCCCUCCGGACCUUUGACCGCGAGCGGCAGAAGGAGUACCGCCUCCCGAUUCUCAUGAUUGACAGCGGCACACCGCCGAUGAGCUCCACCAGCACGCUAACGGUCGUCAUUGGUGACAGGAACGACCACCCUCACUCACCGGGACACACCCACUUCAUCGUCUACAGUUAUGAGGGUAUUCUCCCGACGACGGCGCUCGGACGAGUUCAAUCCCCCGACCUUGAUGACUGGAGUGAGAAGGUGUACCGGUUCGAAGGCAAACCAUCCAGGUGGUUUGGUCUGAACCAGAGCUCCGGGACGCUCAGCAUCAGGGAGGGGGCUCCCCCGGGGUCCUACCAGCUGCAGGUGCGCGUGUCGGACCGCACCUGGCCCGACGCCACCUCCACGGCUCAGGUAGAGGUCAGGCGGCUGCAGCAGGACGCCCUGACGAACGCCGCCUCCCUCCGCAUCAACAAUCUGACGGUGGAGGAGUUUUUCAGCAGCAGUGGAGGUGAGGAGAGUCGAUACUCCCGUCUGGGUCGGAUGUUAGCCGACCUCCUGGAGACGUUGCCGGGAAACGUCCAGAUCUUUUCUGCAGGCGACGCCGGCCAGCGCGGCGUGAAGGCGCUCAACGUGUGGUUUGCUGCUCACGGCUCGCCGUACUACAAGGCAGAGAAGCUGCACGGCUACGUGGCGGCAAACACAGCCACGUUGGAGGCCAUGUUGGGCGUGUCAAUCCUUCAGGUGGGCGUUGACGAGUGUCCCUACACGGACUGCAGUGUGUCCGGAGGCUGCAGCAGCGAGGUUUCAUUCAGCCAGACCCCGGUGGCUCUCAGCACCGGAAACACCUCUCUGGUGUCGCUGGCCGCAUCAUCGACGGCGCGGUGCGGCUGCCGAGGCCGAGAGGCCAUUCACCUGCCCUGCGCCGCCUACCCCACCAACCCCUGCCUCAACGGGGGCACCUGCCAGGACGGGCCACUGGGAUACGGGUGUAAGUGUCCUCCCAUGUUUGACGGUCCCGAGUGCCAGCAGACCAAACACAGCUUCGGCGGCCAGGGCUAUGCCUGGUUUCCUCCCAUCAUGCCUUGCUUCCAGAGCCACAUAUCCCUGGAGUUCCUGGCUGAGGCGGCGAGCGGGCUGCUCCUCUACAACGGGCCGCUCGGCCCCGCCCACUCUGGGGAGCGGGAGGACUUCAUCGCCGUAGAGUUGAGGAACGGCGUUCCAGCACUGAGUGUAAACCACGGAUCAGGAACCCUGACCCUGCAGCUCCCGCCCAAGUCCACCGUCAACGACCGCCGCUGGCACCGCCUCGACAUCGUCAGCGACGGAAAGGCUGUCCAGCUGAUCCUGGACCAGUGUGGGGGGGCGGCAGUGAACGAGUUGGAGGGUGUCAGCGGGGACGCCCAGGAGACGGACGAGUCCGGCUGCAGAGCUGCAGGAGAGACGCCAGGAAACCAGAGGUAUCUGAACGUCUUCCAGCCUCUUCAGUUGGGAGGAAUGAAGGAAACGUCUCCGCAUCGGCGUUACCGCAGUUUCACCGGCUGCAUCCGAAACCUGGUGGUCGACAGUCAGGUGUACGACCUGGCGUCUCCAGGCGAGAGCGUGGACAGCGCCCCGGGGUGCAGGCUGACCGACGGGGUGUGUGUGACCGCGGCCGGUCCCUCCUGCGGCGCUCACGCCUCCUGCCUCGCCGACUGGGGCUCCUUCAGCUGCGAGUGCCACCCAAGAUACACGGGACACAAGUGUGACAGCGCCGUCCCAGAGUUCUCCUUCGACUCGGGCAGCGUUGUGCGUUAUCAGCUCAGAGGAGGCGGCAGCUCUCGCCGCACAAACGUCCAGCUGCUCCUCCGAACCAGAGCCACCUCGGGCACCCUGCUCUCCGUGACGUCCCGGGAUGCCAGCGAGUAUAUCGUCCUGGAGAUCAUGGAGGGUCACCUCUCUGUUCGGGCCAACCUGGGCGACGGCGCCCACGCCCUGCGGCUCCCCGGCCAGCGGCUGGACAUCGGCCAGUGGGUCCUGGUCGGCCUCGUUCGCCAUGACAACCUCUUCACCCUGCGGCUGGAGCAGGGCGGGGGCUCGCGGGAGGUCCAGGCCCGGCUGGGGAGCCGCAGGGAGAUGGUGGUUCACCCGGCCAGCGUGAUGGUCGGCAACGGGCCGACCGCUGGAGACCAGGCCGACUUUCACGGCUGUCUGCGGGACGUUCGUUUCAACGCUCAGGUCCUGCCUCUGGACGGGCAGAGCCGGGACUUGGUGACGGUGUUGGAGAGGCGGGGCGUCACCUCGGGGUGCUCUAGCGACGCCUGCAGCAGCCAGCCGUGCCUCAGCCCACUGCGCUGCAUCGACCUGUGGCGGAAACACCAGUGCAAGUGCCCCGGUGGUCAGGUGACAGUGACAGAUGACUCCGGGCAGCAGCGCUGCGUGCCGUCGCCCUGCCGACCGUCUUCCUGCCGCAACGGCGGCACGUGCCAGGCGCUGUCGCCCGACACGUACCAGUGCCGCUGUCAGGAGGGGUUCAGGGGUCAGCGCUGUGAGCUGGGGCAGGUCAAAGGUCACCGGCUGGCCGCCCUCAGCCCCAGCUCCAUCCUGGCCAUCAGCAUGUGUCUGCUCGUCUUCUUCGCGGUGCUGGUGGCGGUGACGGUGUGGAACCAGAAAGGCAGCCGCAACAAGUUCAGGAAGCGAGGAGUUUACCACAUCCCCGCUGAACACGAGAGCUGGGAGGACAUCCGAGAAAACAUCCUCAACUACAACGAGGAGGGAGGGGGGGAGCAGGACCAGAACGGAUAUGACAUCACCGAGUUGAAGCGCCCGCUGUGCUCCAGUCUGUCCCAGUCCUCGUCUUGCACCACGGCGCCGCUCAUCAAGUCCUCGCCCGGCUCGCAGGAGGAAGUCCACCCGUCGGGCUCCUCCUGCAGCUCCGGCGCUCCCUACCUCAGCAUCCCGCAUCACCACCACCACCACCACUACCAGCACGCCACCGCCAACGCCUUCGCCAACUACACCCCUCACGUAGGCAGGGACGUCCCGCCAGAGACGCGGGACGGUUACGCGGACGCCCCGUCGGGGCCGCGCUCUCACGUGGACUUCAAAAGCUACGUGGCGCGAAUCAUCUGGGAGGCGGACAACGACGGCGAGGCGCUGCCGCCGGACGCCUACCACGUCUGGUGCGUGGAAGGCUCCGGGUCGUCGGCGGGAAGCCUCAGCUCGCUGGGGUCUGCCGCGUCACGCAGAAACGUUGUCGCCGGGGACGACGCCGACGAGGAAGAAGAGGGCGAAGGAGGGUUUGUUUGCGACAGGCUGUCGCGCUGGGGCCCAAAGUUCCAGGCUCUGAGCGAGAUGUACGACCGGCCCCAGCUGGCCCUCACGUACAGGGACGCCGUGGCGUACAUACAGCGGAGCCACAGCCACGACCCGCUGCCCCACCACCACCAUUAGGGGGCGCUACACAGACAGUUACACCAGUGACUGCACAAGGCUCUGGUUCCGGGUAGGGCUGGGUACCGAAUUCAUUCGACUUUUUAGGCACCAACCGGAUUGCCUCUGAAGCAUCAUGUAUGACGUCAUUCAAUACCAAAUUUCAAUACCUAAAGGAGUCAAUCUCAUCAGCGUCAGUGAGCCAAUAAGCAUGCAGCAUGCUUCUACCAAGAUCUAAUAAUGCCUGUGAUUGGCUGUCUAACGUUACACGUCGUAGAGACGCACAGGAGCUCUCGUUUUAUUGCCACGUUGCAACGUUUUGUCGCGGCUGAAGGUGGCCCAGGUGUUUUCAUGGCCCACGUUCAGCCCCAACAACACGUGGCAACGUUUAAAAAAAAAAAACUGAAACAGGGUUGCGUUGAACACCCUGUUGUUUACAGACACGUCUCUGCUGAUUGGCUAUCACCUUUUGACAUACCCACCAAUGAGACACACCCACCAAAAGAGAGAAAACACAUCUCAAAGCCUAAAACAUGUUGUUCAACCAGGAAACCAUGGCAAAAAAUUUUUUUGAGGUUGAACGUGGCCCUGUGUAGGUGCAUACUGGGCCUUAAAAUCUGAUUGGCUGCACCUUAAAAUCCUCAGUCCUGAUUUGCUGCUGGUGCUGAUUAAAGGCAAGGCCAACCAUUCACCCUGUAACCAAUCAGGAGAGGCAGCUGCCAUGUGAGUAAAAUGUUUUUAGCUCAAAAUGAACUGAGGGCACACGUUUAGUUUGUAGGAAAAUGAGACUUUUCAUCAAACAGAAACUGGUUCACACUCAAAAGAAAUAGUUUUUAAGCACUUCUCAUUUCUGGUGUAUAUAUGCAUUACAAAGAUUUUGAAUAUGAACCAGUUUGCUUGUUUUUUGCUGGUGUCGAAAACUCCCUCGGUGGCUGUAGCAGAAUGUAGUUGUUGCCUUUUUUUUGUCUUUUUUGAUAUAAGUGGGGCUACAACUAACUAUUUGAAUCAUCUAUUAAUCUGCCAAGUCUUUUCUCAAUUAAUUGUCUCUGGAACGUCUGAAAUUUGUGGAAAAAGUUGUCUUGAAAUUUCUCGUUUUGUCGUAAAGACAUUCAUUACAAUCUAGAAUAAAGAAAAGCGCAGCUCCUAUCCAGAUAGCUUGACAAGUUACUUGUGCGGUUUAUGGAAUAACCAAAUAGUUUGCCAACAAAUUGACAAAUCAUUUCAGCUCUUUCUGCUGGGAGUCAGAAGUGUUAAUAUCCUGCACACAAAGACGCAGAUUGCUUUGUGUGUCAUAAUGAAAAAUGGCGUCAAUAGAAACAAAUGCCGUCAGAAAUCCUCCCGUGUCUUCAGGAGAUGCUCUGCUCCCCUGGCGCUGACGGAUGGCGGCAGUAAAGCGGUGACACGUUCAGGGCCGCAGGUUCAUCCCACUCUCCGGAUGUUUUCGUCAUGUAGAAAAGCAACUGUGCGACGAAGAGGGUCGAAGUUUUCAGUUCAGCGGCUUGAAAUAACGAAGCACCGGGAGAACCGUUGAUGGGUUCAUGUAGCAGCUUUACACAACAACGUGUCAAACAUCUUUAUUUAUGUCACUUUUUCCAAGUUCAACGUGCUGUAUCUAUUUCAUUUGUCGGCAGUUUCUCGGUCACUGGCUUUUAUUCUUGAAAAAUGUGGACUUUCAGAGUAAAAGGCGACUGUGUUUAUGUUUUCCGGGGGGAAUAUUAGCAUCAAACUAUGUCAGAAAUGUUGCGGGUGACUUAAGAAUGCUUCUGGUUCAUUUGUUAACUCUGACAACAUCAAGGUCUCGAUGUGAGUCUUCUGUUUAGGGCAUUUUAAUGUAGCGUUUAAAUCUUUUUAUCUGCGCCCCGGCAGUUUACACUUUACCACACAACCCCGCACCCGGCAAACAAAAACUUAUUUCCACAGAGAAAAUCUCCCAAGGCCUUUUAUUUUUUUUCCCCCUUCUUAAGAAACAUCUAUUCCCGUCGCUGCUGUCGGCAUUUUCUACAAAUUAACCUCCAACGAACCCAAGAAAACUGCUUUUAUCCUCUCUUUUCUACCUUCCUGUUGCACUAGCAAAUGCUGCAGAGUCCUCAACACGGCACCGAGGAAUCUGUCUGCCAGUAGCACAAAAGCGUGGACAAAUAAAGGCCUUGCGAGCGCGCCGUGCGAAACCCCCUUUUUAACCCCAAAGUUUCCAACAUGUAAAAUAAGAUUUGAUAGUUUUGAAAUGAGAGAUUAUUUUUCUACUCCCUCGUAGAGACUUCCCAGGAGCUCCUUUCCACUUUCAGUUAGGUCGUGCAUCGCGUAAACGUGCUUGAUGGCGUCACUUUGGGUGCUUCUGUUGUUUCACUAGUUUGUCAUCUUGUUCGGGGCCGACGUUAGACGUGAAUUCGCCGAGGCUCCAGGG